AUGUCAGACCCACUUGAUGAUACACUCCCAGCAUUAAGUGAGGAGUCCAGCCACCUAAAAACACACCCAGGAUUUGGGAGAGAUACAAGUUAUUACUGGUAUGCAAUAUAUAUCUCUACUCAGCUUAUUCCUGCUGACUUCCAUGUGGUGGUCAAAGCUGACGGUGCUGAAUACCAGACAAGCAACAAAUCUGUCAAUGUAGACCAGGCCAUUGUAGAAUGGCACAAGCACAUUGUUCUGCUGUGUGAUCUGUCCUUUAAAGUUAGGGUCAGCAUGUAUGCCUCAUUUGAAUUAGGUCCCAUGGUCUGUCAUGGAGAGCUGCUCCACAUGAUUGAGAUCUCCAUCAAAGAGUUACUGGAUCAUAGUGAAAAAUCACAUUCCAUGAUCUUUCAGUCAAAGCAGGAGGAAGUCAUUGUAGAUGAGGAAUGUGAAGGUUUCGGGAAGUUCCUCUGGAACUUUCCUGCACUCGUCCGGAAAGUCCUUCCAAAGUUUCCCACACUCUUCCAGAAGUCCUUUGGACUUUCUCUGGACAUUAUUCUGAAAUUAAGAGCACAUACUUGGGUAAGGAGCGCAGCACAUGAGCUGAAGCCAAGCCCCUUCGAAUUAGUCCUACCUUUUGUGCACGGUGUAGAGACUCAUGCCUCUCAUGGUGUGAUAUGA